CUCCAUUCCGUGUAUGUUACAGGAACGUUGUGCUUUAGCGCCGAUGGGCUUAUCGUGUGGAGCAAGCAUAAUUGUCCUGGAAGCUGGAACGACUCGGAUACCAGCAUAGAGUUUCGAGAGAGGCUCCUGGACCCAACGCCGAACCCUGACGAUCGUUACGGUGUAAUCGCCGACAGCGCAUUUCCGUGUGGUAAGGAUAUGGUCGGCCGCAUCAUGACUCCGUUGAAGGAAGGCGAUCUUAGUCGCCUGCUGCCGUCUGUCAGGACUGCGGCCCUCCUAAAAUCUAGCGCUAUUACCUUCGUUCGCCAAGCUGCUGAGUGGGGAAUGGGCUCUGUCGAGAAAGUCUAUCGCCGUUUGCUGCACCCCCUGCCAUACGACAAGGAAAAUCGCAAGCUUCGACUCGACAAUCUCUUCCGACUUGCCAAUUAUCGUGUGCGAACAACAGGAGUAAGCCAGAUUCGUACAACGUUCGUAUUUGGUAAAGAGGACAUGUAA